GGUGGGAAGCGGGGAGGCAUAGCCAAGAAACUCAGACCAGGAGGGAGCCAGGGAAGCCUCUCGCUCUCCUGCCAACUGCGCCUCGGAGGCGGGGAGGGCGGGCGGCUCUCCCGGACUGACCUCGGCGGACGAGGAGGCUCGUGUGAUGGCUGAAGAUUUCAGAACAAAUGUUGGAAGAUGUUGGCUGUGGACACAGGGAUUGUAGAAGAAUGGUUAUCGGAAUUCAAAACAGUGCCAGAAGCAUCCAUACCAAGCUAUGCUAAAAAUAUGAAAGACAAGAGUUCUCUGGUCACAUCUUUAUACAAAGUUAUUCAAGAUCCACAAAGUGAGCUCCUUGAGCCAGUCUGUCACCAGCUGUUUGAGUUCUAUCGCAGUGGUGAGGAACUUCUGCUGCAAUUCACGCUGCAGUUUCUUCCAGAAUUGAUAUGGUGCUAUCUUGCUGUGUCUGCCAGUAAAGACCUGCAAAGUAGUGGCUGCAUAGAAGCACUUAUCCUAGGAGUUUACAACUUGGAAAUAGUUGAUAAAGAGGGGCACAGCAGAGUAUUAAGUUUUACAAUUCCAUCCUUAUCCAAACCAUCAGUAUAUCAUGAACCAUCCAGUAUUGGCUCACUGGCUCUUACAGAGGGUGCUUUAUCUCAGCAUGGUUUGUCCAAGGUUGUGUACAGUGGCCCUCAUUUGCAGAGAGAGAUGCUGACAGCACAAAACAGAUUUGAAGUAUUGACAUUCCUUUUGUUACGUUACAAUGCUGCCUUAAGCUAUAUGCCUGCCAUUUCUCUUCAAUCAUUAUGUCAGAUCUGCUCAAGGAUCUGUGUUUGUGGAUAUCCUCGACAACAAGUGAGAAAGUACAAAGGCAUAAACAGCAGGAUUCCCAUUUCUUCUGAGUUCAUGGUGCAAAUGUUAACUGGGAUUUAUUUUGCUUUUUAUAAUGGAGAAUGGGACCUGGCACGUAAAGCGAUGGAUGAUAUUUUAUACAGAGCACAACUGGAGUUAUAUCCAGAACCACUAUUGGUUGCAAAUGCAAUAAAAGCUUCACUGCCUCAAGGUGCCAUAAAAUCAAAUAAAGAAGGUACAAAAUGCAUUCAGGUUGAAAUUACACCUACUGCAUCUAGAAUAUCAAGAAAUGCAGUGACCAGCAUGUCUAUUCGGGGACAUCGAUGGAAAAGGCAUGGUAACGAACUAGGAAUUCCAGAAGAUGAACUGAUAGAAGUAUCUGAAGUUGACGAAGGUUUUUACUCUAGGGCUACUCCUACAAUAAAUCACUCUGCUUUAUCAAACAGCAGCAGUGCCAGUAACAAGAUUCUUCUAGGCAAGAUUCAGCGACGAUCUGGAGGAAGUAAAGCUGGGGGGAAAGAAAAAGAAGCUAUUGGAGAAUCCUACAAAGAGCACUUGUCUCGUAAGCAAAACCAGAGAGCGAUGAGUGAGAACUUGGAGCUUCUGUCUUUAAAGAGAUUGACCCUGACUAGCAGUCAGUCCCUGCCUAAGCCAGGCAGUCACAGUUUGGCUAGAACUAGUACUACUCUUUUUAGUAAAUCCUUUGAGCAAGUCAGUGGUGGUGUGAUCCCAAAUAAUCACAGUGGCACAGAAACAAACAGGUUUUCAGUGUGCAGCCUGCAAGAGGAUAACUUGAUUUUUGAAGCUGAAAGAAUAGAACUUCCUGUUUCAAACAAACAGCCAAAUCAGCAGCGGCCACCUACCAUCAGCAUUACACUGUCAGCAGAUUAACUGAUGAAUUUGUUUGUAUAGAAGAGCAUCCAUUGAUGAUAAUACCAUACAUUAUGCUCCCUGAUAUCCCUUUUCUAAACAUUUCUUUUGAGCUGUCCUGGAAAAUGUCCUUUGUUUGAAAGUAGUGUCUAAACUGAAAGUUUAAAGGAGUUCAGUAAGUUUAAUGAGAUUACUUGUUGGUCUUUUAUAUUGCGACUUCCCCCUGCAUACUCUGACAGUACUAACUGCUAUCACAAACUUUGAAAAUUUUGUCGAGUUAAGUUUACCAUUUUGUAUGUUGGGUGUCGUGUAAGAUGCACUAGUCCUGGUUGUAUAUAAAUUUUGUAAGUAUUCUGCAGUAAUGCUGUUACUGUAAUACAGGAGUCUAUAGGACUCCUAACUCUGGAAAUGAAAUUGGUAACAAUACUGCAGCUAGACUCCUGUUGGUCAAUCAUUAUAAUAGACCAGUGCCAGAGGAAAUCUUUCUUCUGGGAUGUCCUUUCUUUACAGACUUGAGCUGUCUGUUUUGAAAAACCUUGUUAUGAGUGGUCAUGUUCUAGAACAUGUGUCAGCUCCUCACACACAGCUAGCACCUUCCUUUUGUUUCUUCCUUUGGCCCCACUGAAUUAAGAGCUGUUCUUAUACCCAAUGUUUUUAAAAGCACUUUGUUGUUCUGCUCAAGAUAAGUACUUGUGUUGAAAAAACAACCCCCGUUGUGUGCACACAGUUGUACAUGGGUUUGUUGAGUAGAAGCCACUGUGUGCAGUUUUGAAACUCACCAUGUUCUUUGCUACCCACUUUCAGGUAUAAAAGUUUGGCUUCUGUAGUCAUCUGCAACCAACACUUUUCAAAAUGUAGUGUCCAAAUUUAAUCUGUGAAGGAAGAUAUGAAGGCUCUGUCUUCUUUUGGCUCAUCAGCCCUAUGCUAGGAUUCAAAACAUACAUACAUACAUACACACACACACACACACUCUCUCUCUCUGAGAGAUUAAGAUUACAUUAGCCCACCCUGACGUCUUACCUGACAUUCUGCCUCAGUUUCACAUGUACAGAGGCUUGCUUACUUGGAGUCCAAUAAAUGUGGGCCUGACAUACCUCUGUUGUGGUAGUCCACAGAUCAGGCCCAUGUAUUUUAGACUCUGUAUGUGAAGGUCCCUAUGUCAACCUGAAAUCCAGUUUACAAGUGUUGGGUUGGGGUAGUUCAAUUCUGAUCUUCUAUCUCAUGUAUGUUUCAUACAUCAGCAUAGGGCUAUUGAUAAUAUAAUUUCAAUUUUACAGAAAAGGUCAGUUCACAAUUACAAGGAGGCAGGUUUUCUUUGCUGCUUCUGAGGCCACAAACCAGCACAAUGAGCUGCGCUGGCUUUCUGUUGCGUUGCUAGGCAUGUACAGAGUCAUGCAACUUGAAGGAAUUAGUAACUAGGCUAUUAUGCUUAAUAUGGAAUUAGAUGUGCUGUUUUUUAUCUGUGCUAAUGUGUUUUUUCCUUGGGCUAAAUUGAUUUUUAUUUUUUUUUGUCGGCAAAAAGUGGUAAAUCUUCAAAUCUAAAAACUUGUCUGUUUGUUGCAGGUGCAGUAACAUUAAAACCGACAAAUUGACGUUGUUCAAGUUCACAAUAAUUCCAUAGACUUAGAUCUUAUUGAAUAAGCAAGUACUUAUUGUGGAAGCCGGAGGAUGUUUUCUGAUUCGCUCCCCAAGAUCUAGCUCUAGCCUUUUUAGACAUUUUCUAGACAUUUUGGGGGCCUCCAAAAUGUGGAUGUUGGAGGCUUGGAUUGGAAGAAAUUGGCAAUACAUCCUAGUGUGAGCAUAAUUUAUUCCUUUUGUGAGAUCUUUGGAUCCAAGACAGUCUUCCAAUGGAGCAGUGGCUUUACCUACUUCCUCCUCCUCUUUCCACCCCUAAGCUGGUUUUGAUGUUUGCGUGUGUGUGUGUUUGUGUGUGCGCACGCACGCACACACACUGGCAUUCUCUUGAAGUUGUGUAAUUGCAAAGAGGUGUAUAGUUGGUAAUCUUGUGUUUCAUUGGUUGAAAUUUUAAAGUCACAGGCAGCUGAAACUUUGUGAAUGUAAGGGCUGUAUAUCAAGUUAACUCCCAUACACUAUCUAAUGAGAAAUUCUACCUACAUUCAAAGGAUCCCCUUGUCUGAAUUUCCAGAUAUUGAAGUUUCUAACCAAAAGUAGCAUCCUUUUUCUAACUGUUUUUGUAUGAAAUAGAGGUUUCUGGAAAAAUUGAAACUGCAAUGGAUGGGGCCUAAAUUCUGAAGUAGGAUUGUUUUAAUCUGCUGAAAUCACUGUUGUAUUUGUAACAGUAUUAAUGAGCUUUAUCUUUAACAAGCUAAAGCAUUUACAGUUUUCUAUGUAUUUAGAUAUUUUACUGGCUUUUUAAAAACUUUGUUAUAGGUAGAAGAGAGUAACUUUUAUACAGGAAUAUACAGCCAUUAUAACUGAAAGCUAUUAAACUUCUUCCUGAAGCUACUUAAAAUGCCAUAACACAAAAAAUAAGGGGGAAGGAUUCAGACUAACCUUAUACUCCUGGAAACACAUUCUGCUUACUCAAGGGGAGAGAAGAGAUAUUUUUAAUUAACCCCCCCUUCCCUCUAUUGCCCCAAUGCCCCCCUCAAUAUGUCAUUGAGGGUUGGGGGAUCCUUGUGGAAAUAUUUUCAGGGAGCAGCAGAGGGAAGGGCAUCGAUAAUUGAAAAUUGCCCUCUCUUCCUCCCCACUCCCAUCUUGCAGAAGCAGAAUUUACUUUUGUAAGUGCAAGCUUAGCCUGAUCCUGCCCGUGGUUUUUAAAUAUGUUUACAGUGCUGUAGUUUUAAGUGCUAGGUGAUAUCUUUUGUUUUGUUAAAACCAAUAUGCUCUCUUUUGCACAUUAAAGUAAUCUUGUUCUAGAACUUCUCCAUGUGCUGCAACAAAUGUGAGAACAACAUGUAUCUCAAGUUUCCAACCAGGCUUGUUGCUUUUGAAGUAAUUCUGCAAUAGGAUGCAUGACAGUUCUCAUGUUUACGCAUGCAUGUUUCCUGAGGGAACUUUCUGCACAUGUACAAUUAAUUUGUGUUUAUGUAUAUGCCUAAAACAGAAACUGGAGUCGAAAACCACAAACUCUGCAUCAGUACAAAAGCAAAGGCAGACAGUUCCAGUGCAUUUUGAUAAACAGUUCAUCAGGGAAUACAUUUGAGUAGUCUCUAAAAGUGGCCUACAUUUUCUUACGAUGUCAUUUGUACAGGCCUACGCACAUGGAAUAAUUUGGUUUACUAUACAGUUUUCAUAGAUGUGAAUUUCACCAUCUAUGAACUCCAAUUAAUUUAGGGAAAUUUGGAUAUUCUCUUUGAGCUUUGUACCAGCUUGCUCAAAAUGUCUUCUAAGCUUUUGAGCCUAGAAAUGUUUCUAUAUGAGAGUUUUGGGACCUUAGUAUUGUGGAGCUGGAUGUGUGCUUACUAAGUUUUCCAGGCAUGUAGCAGUUUCCAUUCUGAAAAAGCAUUGUGGUGCUCAUUCUGUUUGAAGCUUCACAAAUUUUAAUUCUGACUUUUUAGUGAGGUUGUAUAAUCUCAGCUCUGGGAUUUAACAGCAAACUUUGAUUGUUAGUAAUGAAUUAUGCUUUAUUUGUCAAUAUUUAAAAGUAUUAAAACUGAGUGGGUGCAAUUGGAAACUUAACUUUAAAGAAGGUUGGAACAUAGUAUUUUGAGGAAUGAAAAGACUAUGAAAAGUGGUUGGGUGAACCUUGUUUUCUAUUAAAUUCAAAUUGAUAACCUUUUGUUCCUUAUUUGCAACAGUAGCUGGUUCAUUUAGUGACUCACCAUUUGUGCAGUCCAGUUGAAGUAAGUGGAACUAACCUGUGUAGGUGUUCAGUGAGUCAUGUUCUUUAGAGAAAUAAGAUAAAUAUAAUUGGAAUGUAUGUGUUCGACUUUGCUGUGACAACAAAAUUGAUUUUUAAGAAGAAAUGAACAUUUAAUGAAAAUAUCUGGAGACCAUAACUUUUGGAAGAAUACUGUGUACCUAUUAUUUUUUAGCAGUCUUUGAGAACUACGCCCUUUUGAUCAAUACUAGAGAUUUAUGAAUGUAUAUUUUUGUGAUGGAGACAAUUUGCUUUUCCAUGUUUUGGUUUUUUUAAAAGCCAGUUCUUUGUACAAAUCACUACUUCAGCCUUUUGUAUUUGCAUAGCUCCGUUUCUAAACUUCAAAAAUUAAAACAAACUAGAUGUAUAUUUUGAAUAACUUAACACCAGUUGCUACAUUUUUCCUUAACAAUAUGAGAGUUUAAAUGUGUGCCACAUUCUCUUUGGUAUUGUGGUUUGUGAAUAACUAAAUGCUUGUUUUGUAGAGUUUAAUAAACUUCCUACCUAGAAUUCACAUUCCUAAAGUUAGGAGUCUGCAUUGUUUGACUAGUUUUUUGUAGCCAUUGGAACCAGAGUGGAAUCUUGGUUACGGAGCUAUGUACAUCAUGGAUACUAAAGUGUAUAUUGGAAUUCUGUUUCUUCUUGCUGGCUGGAUGUGAAGUUGUAGAUUGGGAGGAUUUAUAUUACUUAAUAUUUGGUUGUCUUUUUUACAUAACCAGGACUUUAGGCCACACUAAGGCCUUGUGACAAAUACCAUUCUUCAAGCCAUACCUCUUCAGUACUUCAUCGAGAGAUUUCUGUACUUCUAGUAUGGCAAUGCGUACAAACAAACCUAUGAAGAAAAUACAAACUUCAGUAUUCUAAUACUGGGUCAGAUUUCUGUAAUCGCUUUUCAACAGUGUAGGAACACUGUUAAUAAUGUUCAUCAUACUGCCUUCCCCUGCUACCUCUCAAUGAUGCAUCUUUAUUUUGCCUUUCAAAGGUAAUGUACUGUGCAGAUCACCUUCUUGUAUUCAAUUUUUUAUUUCCAAUUCUGAUGGCGCAUAGGAGGCAAGGAUCCCUGAAAGCUUCUAGCAUAAUAAAAAAAAAAUAAACAUGCACACUACUCCUGUUUUCUUUUGGUAGUCCAUCCAUGGUAAACUGUACCUUGGUGUAUUCAGUGGUAUUAAAUAUUUUAAUUUGCCAGUA